UUUUUAGCGAAGCGAAACGGUUCAGUUUGAAACGGGGCUCUGGUUUUCAUUUCGGGAUAGUAAUAUACUUUUGAGUCUUAUAGAGGCUAGAGCAUUAAAGUACACCAAGACAGCAAGAUGCAACCCGUUGCGAUGAAUCAACCAGUGCAGAUGCAGAUGCCUACCCCGGCGCCCUCCCAGCGCAGUAGGUACUCCUGUGCGGUCAAGUCGCUCGGAACUAUGCAGAUCAUCAAUGCAGGAAUCUCGGCCGCGUUGGGCAUCGCCACAUUCUUUGUCUGGACCACUAUUGCCGUUAUAGCAUCCGGCGUGUGGGGAGGUCUUUUGUUUUACCUUCCUGCUGGAAUCCUUGGUGUGUUGUCCGUUACCAGGGCUGUUAAUUCGCGGAGAUGCUUGGCCAUCGCAAGCCUGGUCAUGUCCAUCCUUUCUGCAGUAAUGGCUUUCAGCAAUAUUGCAGUGUAUGGUGUGGCCAUUGCACACGACCUAGCUCUCGCCUAUUCUGACUAUCACGGCCCCUAUUUUUAUGGAGAUCCGUCUGGGCCGCUGGCGAUGGAUUCCCUCUUGGUGUUUACUUCCGUGCUUGAACUCAUCGUGUCAAUCACUGCCUCUGCGUACUGCUGCUUCGUCAUGAGUGAAUAUCAACUGAACAACACCACCACGGUCCAGUACGUCUCCACUCAAGCCACCCCACAGGUGAUGGUGUACAACCAGCCAGCCGCCGUACCCUACACACCAGACGCCCCAGGCACGUUCGUGACUAACCAGGCCCCAGUUCAACAGCAGGCCUUCGGGGCCAGCGCUGCUGGUGAACAAGAUAUGGAAAAGGAUACCAUGAACUUUACUUGAGUCUGCAUUCAGAAAACAGCCGUCGUGCAUAGCUUGAGCGACUUCGGGCGAAAUUAGUUUGUUUUCGUCAUUAAAAAAAAGAUUAUCAAUAAAUCCUUACAUUCCUAAUACGGAUUGUACUGUUAAAAUUUCUUUAUUCAAAAUUCACUUGCUAAACUUCCAAUUAAAGAUAAUAAUCCUAUACAAGGUUUGUUCUUUUCUAACAAUCCAUUUUAGUAUAUCCUUUUUUAAUGUUCACGUUAUUGAAAAUUCCUAUGUAAGUAUUAACUGCCAAAUUUGUUAGGCUCAAAUGAUUAAGAAAUGAGUAUGAGAAUAAAUAUUUAAAAAAGUGCAUCAUAACUGUGAAAUUAAACCUCUCACCUUGAUAAAUAUAUAUUCACGCUCGUGUACAUAUUUGCUUCGAUUAAGACAACGCAUUGCCUUUCUAAAUAAUUGUGUAAGUAUUUUUCGCUGUUUGUUUUCUGAAAGUUAUUUUUUUUUCUAAGUUGACUAGGCCUUCCUUGUCUCAUACAUAGUACUGAACCCUUCGCAAAAAAACCCAAAGAUUCAACAUUAUAUAGCUGGGUUAGAACUGUGAAGAGCACGAUUCCUGGCUUAAUCAUUUUUUUUAUAAUAUAAUUUUUAGUACUCCACUCUACCUAUAGAGUGACUGCCAUCAGUUUUGUAUCUGUUUUCAGCUGCGUGUAGUACCUCAAUAAUCAUCAUAUCUCCCCGUUAGUCCGUUAGCUAGUAACAAACGUUGACAUUGUCUAUUGCUCCUACAUAUUUUGACAGUAGCCCAGCCCCAACAUGCAACAUGACCAGUCAAAGGUAAUCAUGGGGCCACUGGGGACAAAAACCUGAUGUUUACUCAAAAAAAAAACUUCCAGAAAUUUGAAAACACAAUCACGUGACUCAUGCAUGAACACGAAUUCGUUGGCCCGCAGCUUCCGAGAUCCGACCGAGCUUGUUCAGUAAGCUUGUUCAGUAAUGAUAUAUUAUUACUCUACCUUGAGUGACCGUCAUCCGUCUUGUAUCUGUUUUUUCCCAGUAAUAAUGUAUUAGUACUUUACUCUAUACAGAGUGACCGCCAUCAGCCUUCUGUCUUGGUUAUUUCUAGUAAUAAUAUAUUAUUACUCUACUCUACAUAAAGUGACCGUCAUCAGUCUUGUAUCUGGGUUUAUUCCAGUAAUGAUAUAUUAUUACUCUACUCUUCCUAGAGUGACCGCUAUCAGUCCUGUAUCUGUUUUUUUUCCAGUAAUAAAUUAUUAUUACUCUACUCUACCCAAAGUGACUGUCAUGCACCAGUCUUGUAUCUGUUUUUAGCAAUAAUAUGUUAAUCGCCAUGUGCAGCUGUAAAAAAUGCAUUUAAUCAAAAUGCUAUACGAAGUGGGACCUUGUCGGCCAAUGUGUCUAAAGAAUAUCUUUUAACUUAAAGCUGUUUUCAGACAAAAUAAUUCAAGAUGUUGAAAAAUGAUCCUUGGUAUUUAGGCUCAGAUAGUUUAAACUUUUGGCGCAAUUCAACCAAAAAGUAAUUAAAUUGCCUCUUUUCAUUAAACCGGUGUACUGUCGUA